AUUUCAACACAUGUGCCAAUGACAUUGACAGUUCUACCAUGUAAAUAAAAAAAACGUAAACAUUUGCAUCCGUUUUACUCUUUUGUAAAUUUCAUUUUACCAUGUCGUCGUCUUCAUCCUCAGAUGAGGAGUCUGAAAAUAAACCAGAAACCGCCUCCAGGCUCGGAGAUUGUGAGGUUUGUGGUAAAAACAAAGCUCUUUACACCUGCCCCAAGUGUGAAGUAAAGACUUGUUGCUUAACCUGCGUAAGGAUCCACAAAAAGGAGCUGGAAUGUGACGGCGUGCGGGAUCGGACGAAGUUUAUACGAAUGAAGAAUUUUACCGACACAGACUUGCUCAGCGAUUACAGACUGCUAGAGGAGUGCGCGCGCUUUGUCCAUAGUGUGAAGGGCGAUGAGAAGAAGAAGUUUACUAGGACCGACAAGGAUUUACCAAUUCAUUUGUAUAAACGAAGAUUGGCAGCAAGGAGUAGAGGUAUAGUACUCCAGUACCUCGCGCAAAACUUCACAAGACAUAUCACAAAUACUACUCAUUACCAUUACAAGAAGAACCUUAUAGAAUGGAGAGUUGAGUGGAUAUUCCCUAAUGUGGACACAGAACCAUUAAAAUUUGUUGAUGACAGGUGUCCAGAAACUAAAAAACUAUCUCAGCUGCUGGACAAAUAUCUAAACCCUGAAGCACUGCCUUUUGAAGGGUCCAAGGCCUUAACAUUCUACAAAGCAGUUGGAUUCAAGGGAGUCAAAGUUUUGCUAAAAGCUGAAAAAGUAAGAGGCUCAGCAAAAAAGUUCUUUGAGUUGGACACAACUGAGACCCUGGCUGAAAAUUUGUCUGGGAAGUGUAUUGUAGAGUUUCCCAUCAUAUUUGUGGUGCUCAAGGAUCAUGCUUACAAUUUUGAAAUUGUUACUCCAGAGGAUGAGUUUGAUGAAGAACCUGUACAGAAAACUGAAGAAUCUAAACCUGAACCAAAUAAUGGCUUGAGCAAUCAGUUGGAGAAACCUGAUAUUUCAAGUAGUAGUCAAGAGGUUACUCCAACCGCAUCCCCUACUCCUGACCAGCCAUCAUUCCAGAGAAAAAGACCAAGACAACUGCUCACUCAGAAGAUAGCAGAAGAGAAAAAGUUAGAAAUAGAAAAAGAAAUCAAAGAAGAAAAAAGGAAAAGACCUAAAAACCUGUUAUUCACUACUGGUUACUCUUCUGAAGAAAACCUUAGUGAUAGUAACAAUGAGGAAACAUAAUAAGUCAAAAUACAAUAUUGU